CUCCUUCUGUUGGCACGGCCUACGCUGGCUGCGUUUUUUUUGAGGUCCGUCAAGGAUCUACCAGUCUUCAAACGGGGCGAAAUAGCCAUAAUACAAAUUGACCCGCCCAACUUCAUAACCUACGAUUCAUUGCGGUUCUGGCGUAUCGUGCUGGACAAAGAAAUGCGAAUGGGGGCCGCGGGGAACAGCCUGUUCAUCAUGACUGCUCUACCCUAUGGACCAGGCUAUGAUGCCCACUCCGAUAUAUUUAAGUCUAAAACCCUGGUCUUGGCCGCCUCUGCGGGUGCAAUGGCCAUAACACUGACGCAGAUGAACUUUGAAGCUAACAACAACACUCUGCCGCAUGAUCGUGACUUUUUUCAGCCACUUUUCGAAAAACCAUUAACCGUUCCCGUCCUGCCCAAUGUAACCUUCUCCUUUGCGAGAACGGGAGACUUCUAUAACGAUUGGUAUGACUUCUACUUCUUCACCCUCAACCCCGAGUUGGAGACCAGUAAUAGGAGCAUCGCAACGAUGCAAUUCGGGGAGAUCUUUGAUCUAACCUCUGUCAUACUCUCUCCGCUGGAUACAGUACGGACAGUCAAAGAGAAAGUUUGGCCUAACAACAGUGCCGGACCAACUACUGACUUCUGUUUGCAUGCCAAAUGCAAUGAAGUUGUCAUUUCGAAGAUGGUCAUACUGAUAAUUGCGGAGUUUUUGUGUAUCUGCGCGCUGGCGGGAACAGUCGCGUUAUUCUUCAGCCCUAACUACUAUCAUGGCAACCAGUUAUCAGACGCCUUAAGUAAGAAGAAAACACUCAAAACUAUCCCAAUAUGA